GAUGUCGCGAGAACUUCACAGUCUGACUCGUCUGAAUUCAGAGAUGUAGAAUAAUAACUUUCAGACCAUAACAGUUGGACAAGGAUACAACAACCUCUUAUUGAUGUCAGAUAAACUGAGUGUUGCACACAGUGGUGCGCAUGCGUUUAACGGUGCCAUGAAGGUAAAAGUGAUCUCCAUACUGGAGGACAACUACAUGUACCUGGUGAUAGAGGAGCAGAGUAAACAGGCCGUAGCUGUGGACCCUGCUGUACCACACCGGCUGCUAGAAAUAGUGAAGAGAGAGGGCUUGUCUCUGACAGCUGUCCUCACCACACACCAUCACUGGGACCAUGCUCGGGGGAAUGAGGCUCUGUUGAAGGAGGUUCCUGGGCUGAGGGUGUAUGGGGGAGACGAUCGGAUCGGGGGUCUGACGGAUAAAGUAACUGACGCCCAGGAACUCAAGUUUAACUCCAUCAAUGUGAGGUGCCUAUUCACUCCCUGCCAUACCUCUGGGCACAUGUGCUACUUUGUUUGGGAGGAUGAGUGCACUGACGCCCCUGCUGUGUUCACAGGUCUUUGUAACCAUAAAGAGCUGGGGAACCAGUUGAAACCUGUGAAGUACAUUUCUGAACACAGCGCAUACCUGUACAGCACGUUAUGUGGUAUCAAUUGGGAUACAUUGUUUAUCAGUGGAUGCGGGCGGUUUCUUGAGGGCACAGCAGAACAGAUGUACCACAAUCUCACCCAGGUGCUGGGCUCCCUACCUCAAGACACGAAGGUGUUCUGUGGACACGAGUACACCAUUAAGAACCUGAAAUUUGCCAUGCUGGUGGAGCCAGAGAAUGAAAAGGUUAAAGAGAUGCUGAGCUGGGCCAGGGCGAGAGAUGAUGAUGACAAACCCACAGUGCCUUCUACUCUAAUGGAGGAGUUUGAGUACAACCCUUUUCUUCGCCUCUCAGAGGAAGGAGUACAAAAGUUCACUGGAAAGACAGACCCCAUAGAGGUGCUGAGGGUCCUGCGGAAGGAGAGGGACACAUUUAAGAAGCCCAAGCAGAGGCUUCCUCCCCAUGCCAUGUUGGCUUUGGAGUGGGGGCUUCUCAGACCCUGAGAUCCAGUUUCAGAGAUCUGAACAUACUCAACUAUCAAGGAGAGAUAGUUUGAAUGACUGAAUGCAGCAAGACACAACUCUGUAGAGUGUGUUAUUUGUUGCUCUAAGCCUCAAUGUAACCAAUGUAUACUACUGGGAACCUGGUUGACCCUAAUGUGUGUGUUGUUUAAGUAAUAAUGAAACAAUGACUGCACAAAGAAGCCAGUGUAAAGCUGCUUUCAUUAAAUAUUCCUACAAGCUAAAUUAACGAAGGGCUGGUCUCUUACGCACAAACUAACUGCACCAGGUAACGUCUGCUAAUACCAAUUUCCUUUCAAAAAAUAGAUACUAAUGUGUUUUGUGUAUUUAUUGCUUUAAAUAAAAUAACGCUUUAUUUCUUUAUAACUUAUUUGUAUUUGAAUGUUUAAUUUCCUUGAUAUGCACUUGUUUUCUGUCUGGUAACCUUGUUACUGCUGGUGCGUUUUACUUUACUUUUUUACUAAUUUCAGUUUGGACAUACUGUAUAUAUACUGUACAAUUGCUCUCUUUCUUGCGUUUGCAGUUGGACAAUUGAUUUACUGUAAAAAUACAAUUUAAGUAAAUUUAGAUGUAUGUGCACAUACACAUACCUUUGGAACAGUAGUAUGAUAUGUUGCACUCAUACAUUGUAUAAGGAUAGAAGAAACAUGCAGUGUACAUCAUUAUGAAAUGUAAAUUAUUGCUUUUCAUCCCAACGUGAGUAAAUCCUCACUUUGCUAGAGCGUAAUACAGAGUCAGAGUCAAGAUUAUUCAAUAAAAGAUAUCAGUCUGAAA